ACAAGUGCGCCUGCUUGGACUUUGCGGCUGCGCAGUAAUGACAACAAACAUGGCGAUAGGAGAGUGAGGCGUCCAGUUCUGUAUAACAGUUCAUGUAGCCAACAGUGUGAUUUAAUUAUAUAUCACCGAAAAAGGUCCAAGACAGAAAGAUGUCUCGACACAGAAAUGUCCGGGGUUAUAACUACGAUGAAGAUUUGGACGACGACGAUAUAUAUGGGCAGUCUGUUGAUGAUGACUACUGCAUUUCACCGGCUACAGCUGCCGAGUUCAUCUAUUCCAAGCGCGAUAAGCCCUCAGUCUUCACAGAGCCCCUUGAAGAAGAGAAGUUUGAGGUUGAGGAGCAGGCUGUACCCCCUUCUUCCCCCAGCACGAACCAUGAAAAACUUAGUGAAGUAGAUCAAGCUCAGUUGUUUUCAUGCCUUGAUCAGAUGCGAGAGGUCCUCGGUGACUCUGUCCCAGAUCCUGUUCUGGUGGAAGCGGUUCUUAAGUGCCGGUUUGAUUUACAAAAGGCCCUGGACCUCAUGUUAUCUGAGGAAGGCAAGAAGACACCAAGUGCAAGAAACCACAAUGAGGUCUCUACAGGGAAAGCUGCCAAAGGAAGAGCAAGAGAUCCAACGGUGACUAAAAUUGACUCAGAAAUCGUGCCUAAAGUUGCCAGAAUGACUGUGUCUGGAAAAAAGCAGACAAUGGGAUUUGAUGUUCCAAGUACCGAAGAGAAUGGGGUACUGGGUAGCACUUCCCGCAGGGGUCAAGUUCCUGAAGAAAUUCCCCCACCAGCACUCCCAGAUGCUCCGUCCAAAGUUGCAUUUUCACCUCCCUCCAGCCAGAACCUCUCCGAGGAGUCUCCAGCUGUGCCAACCCCUGUCAGAAUGUCCAGCAAAGCCAAGCAGCAGAUCAACAUCAAAGCAGAACUGGAGAAAAGACAAGGAGGAAAGCUUCUGCUGAACCUUGUUGUUAUAGGUCAUGUAGAUGCAGGUAAAAGCACAUUAAUGGGCCAUCUUCUUUACUUGCUGGGUAAUGUUAACAAAAGGACAAUGCACAAGUAUGAACAAGAAUCCAAGAAGGCUGGAAAGGCUUCCUUUGCAUAUGCCUGGGUACUGGAUGAGACUGGGGAAGAAAGAGACAGGGGUGUGACCAUGGAUGUUGGAAUGACCAAGUUUGAGACAAAGACAAAAGUGAUCACAUUAAUGGAUGCACCUGGUCAUAAAGACUUUAUACCCAACAUGAUCACUGGAGCUGCUCAGGCUGAUGUGGCAGUACUUGUGGUCGAUGCCAGCCGCGGAGAGUUCGAAGCAGGUUUUGACGCAGGCGGGCAGACGAGGGAGCAUGGGCUGCUGGUUCGGUCUCUUGGCGUCACCCAGCUGGCAGUCGCUGUCAACAAAAUGGAUCAGGUGAACUGGCAACAGGACAGGUUUAAGGAAAUUUCCUCUAAACUUGGACAGUUCUUGAAACAAGCUGGUUUCAAGGAGACUGAUGUGUCCUAUAUCCCCACUAGUGGGCUCUCUGGUGAAAACGUGACCACUAAGAGUAAAGAACCCGAGCUCACCGCUUGGUAUAAAGGACCUUGUCUUCUGGAACAGAUUGAUGCCUUUAAGUCACCACAAAGACCAGUGGAUAAACCUUUUAGACUGUGUGUCUCUGAUGUUUUUAAAGAUCAAGGAUCAGGAUUCUGUGUGACUGGAAAGAUAGAAGCAGGUUAUGUACAGACAGGGGACCGGAUAUUAGCAAUGCCCCCGAAUGAAACCUGUACUAUUAAAGCUAUCACGUUGCAUGACGAGCCAAUCGACUGGGCAGCAGCCGGAGAUCACGUUAGUCUCACAGUGACUGGCAUGGAUAUCAUCAAAAUCAAUGUUGGGUGUGUGUUUUGUGAUCCAAAGGAACCUAUUAAAGCGUGUACACGAUUUCGGGCGAGGAUCCUCCUGUUCAAUAUUGAAGUUCCAAUAACACAAGGAUUUCCUGUGCUGUUGCAUUACCAAACUGUCAGCGAACCUGCCACUAUUAGAAAAUUAGUAAGUGUUCUGCACAAAAGUAGCGGAGAAGUGCUGAAGAAGAAGCCAAAGUGCUUGACUAAAGGUCAGAAUGCAUUGGUGGAACUACAGACCCAGAGACCAGUUUCUCUCGAACUCUACAAAGACUUUAAAGAGCUAGGACGCUUCAUGCUGCGGUAUGUCGGAUCCACUAUAGCUGCAGGCGUUGUCACAGAGAUCAAAGAAUGAAGUGACUUAUCAGCCCAACUCAGUGAGAGGGAACCUCCCAGCUUUAAUCAUCCAAGAGCUCCAGUUAACAAAAACAAAAAAAAAAGUGCAAUUGUUCAAAUUUCUUCAAAAUGGACUUCCAGUGAAUGUGAUUUCGUCCAUUUAUGAUAUUAUAUAUCAUUGUACCUCUAUGGAUUUGCAACUGACCACAUAUUAAAACCAGUGUGACCUCAAUGCUGAAGUGUUCAACGGUCUCUGACAGUGUCCCAGAUAUGAGUAGAAAAUGGCUACCUGAAUCCAGGUAUUUCUUAAGCUUGCAUAAUAUAUACAUAUAUAUAUAUAUUUAACUGGUAAUCUGACUCUACUUCCAGGUUAAUUUCUAAACUAAGAAACUCUGUUUGAGAGAAUUGUAUGUAGUGUAUACAGCAGCCAGAAAGGGAAGUAGCAAGUACACAAUUUCCAUAUACUUUGGGGGAAGAUGUGAAAAACUCUAAUGCUAUAAAUGUGGAGAAAUGAUAAUGAAUUAAUAAUAAUAAAGUAUACCAUGGUUUAAGCAUA